GUGAGUGAUGCUUGCAGGUCUUGUUUUGACUGCAAGGUCUUGUUUCAAUCCGUGGCGUCGGACGGACGCCCCACCAAAUCUCCUAAAUAAUGUUUAUUAUGGAACAUUAGUAGACAUUAAUGAGACUUUGACUUUAAAAGUGAAUUUUUAAAAAAGUCUGACUUUAUUUUUGCGACAUUUUUUCCGCAUUUACAACCACCGGGAGACGAGGAAGAAGGAAAGUUUUCCGUGAAAGAGACCCGCCUGUGACCUUUACAUGAAUGCAACAUUCUCCGGACGCAGGAUUAUUCGACACAACCGAACCGGCGGAUUCAUGUCUCCCCCCGUUUCAGCCGUCCUCAUGACGUUCUCUCCAUCUUUUCUUUGAAUGCGUUGCAAAAAAAAAAAAAAAUCCUGAUGAUGUCACCGACGCCACUUUUUCCUGAAGUUAUGGCGGAGCCCAACUUUUUGAACUUCUCUUGACUGUCCUGACAGCUCGCCUUACUAAUGGAGCACCUUCAGGGGGCCUGGAGGACCCUGAGCAACGGCUUUGGAAUGAAGGACUCGGCAUUCGAGGGCCCCUGCCUCUCCCCCACCAUGGUGCAGGCUUUUCCCUGCCAGCGGCGCUCCUCGGACGACAGCAGGACACCAGACUCCAAGGCCAGCAGCACAAUCCGCGUCUACCUCCCCAACCAGCAGCGCACUGUGGUAAACGUACGACCGGGUAUGACUCUUUUCAACUGCCUCAUCAAAGCGCUGAAGGUGCGAGGCCUGCAGCCUCAGUGCUGCGCCGUCUUCAGGCUACAUCCAGGACAGACCAACAAGAAAUUAAGGAUGGACUGGAACACCGACUCGACCUCUCUGAUCGGAGAAGAGCUGCUGGUGGAGGUUUUAGAUCACGUUCCCUUGACGACUCAUAACUUUGUUCGUAAAACAUAUCUCAAGCUAGCAUUCUGUGACAUUUGCCAGAAGUUUCUCUUGAACGGAUUCCGCUGCCAAACCUGCGGCUACAAAUUCCACGAGCAUUGUAGCACCAAAGUGCCCACAAUGUGUGUGGACUGGAGCAAUAUUAGGCAACUCCUGUUGUGUCCGACGCCGGGGGAGGGCAGUGGUCCGUCCCUGCCGCCGCCAACGUCCCGGCGUGUCAGGGACUCCUUAACUCGAUUUCCAAGCUCCGCCCACCGAUUCUCCACCUCCCACGCCUUCAGUGACACAGAGCCCUACACGCCCCCGGGCGGAGGUCUCUCCCAGAGGCAGCGCUCCACUUCUACACCCAACGUCCACAUGGGCAGCACCACUCUGCCUGUAGACAGCAGCAUGAUCGAGCUAGACUGCCUGAAUACCUCUGCCAGCUCCUGGUGCCACAGAUUCUGGCUGAAGAGGAAAGUAGGUAUUGUGCACCUCCCCCAGACUUUUGUGGAGGCCUCAUCUGAGAGUCCAGAAAAGGAUGCAAUGCGAGACCAUGACUCGGCGGGGAGUUCACCUAACCAGAGCCCCACAGGCUGGUCCCAUUCACAAUCCAAGACCCCCACGCCUGCUCAGAGGGAGAGGGCUCCAUCCUUCAACACUCAGGAGAAAAAUAAGAUUAGGCCUCGAGACAAGCGCGACUCCAGCUACUACUGGGAGAUUGAAGCCAGCGAGGUGUACCUGCACUCACGCAUCGGUUCAGGCUCCUUUGGAACUGUGUACAAAGGAAAAUGGCACGGCGAUGUAGCAGUAAAGAUUUUAAAGGUGACUGACCCCACACCGGAGCAGUUCCAGGCAUUCAGAAAUGAAGUGGCAGUCCUGAGGAAGACGCGACACGUCAACAUCCUUUUGUUCAUGGGCUACAUGACGAAGGACAACCUGGCCAUCGUGACCCAGUGGUGCGAGGGCAGCAGCCUCUACAAACACAUUCACGUCCUGGAGACUAACUUCAAGAUGAUCCAGCUUAUAGAUAUAGCCAGACAGACAGCUCAGGGCAUGGACUAUCUUCAUGCUAAGAACAUCAUUCACCGGGACAUGAAGUCUAACAACAUCUUCUUACAUGAAGGACUAACAGUGAAAAUUGGGGACUUUGGUCUUGCAACAGUGAAGGCCAGAUGGAGCGGCUCACAUCAGGUGGAGCAACCUUCCGGAUCCAUUCUUUGGAUGGCUCCAGAGGUUAUCCGGAUGGAGGAUAAUAACCCCUACAGUUUCCAGUCUGACGUAUAUUCCUAUGGAAUUGUUCUCUUUGAGCUCAUGACAGGAGAGCUCCCGUACUCACAGAUCGCAAACAGAGAUCAGAUCAUUUUUAUGGUAGGAAGAGGCUGUCUGUCCCCAGACCUCAGCAAGCUCUACAAGAACUGCCCCAAAGCCAUGAAAAGGUUGGUGGCCGACUGCAUCAAGAAGUCCAAGGACGAGAGGCCUCUCUUCCCGCAGAUCCUGUCCUCCAUCGAGCUGCUGCAGCACGCCCUCCCGAAGAUCAACCGCAGUGCCUCGGAACCGUCCUUGCACAGAGCCUCCCACCCCGAGGACAUCAACACCUACACUCUGACUUCCACCAAACUGCCCGUCUUUUGAAGACUCGGACCGUCCCGCUUCAUUCUCCUGAAAUCAAGCACAACUCUCUGCAAUCAUAUGGAAGGCCUUGCUCAAAAGCACGAGAAGGAGGGAGAUUACUUACACGGCUAGCAGAUGGAUGUUCACAUGUUGGAGGGAGGCUCAUCCUAAAGUUACAUCCUGUUUUGAAGGCAUAUCUGAAAGGUUUUUGGUUUAGGCUGUAAAGAAAUGCACACACAGCUACCUGAGACACAGAGGAGACCCUGAAGGAAGCUCAGGGCGUUGCCUUCUUAUCAGGACAUACCUGAGGACUUUUGAAAGCUCCCCUGCCUUAAGACGAAACAAAGCAUGGACUUGAGAGCCUGCGCAGUUUCACCUCCUUCACUUGUGGUCGCCACAAAGCCGUUGGAAGUAGUCGAUCUAGUUGCACAGUAGUUGAUUUUUGCAUCGUCUUAAACGGUUAUGGAGUAAACUUGGGAAUUUUUGGGAUUCUUUUUGUCUUUAUUGGGGUUCUCUUUUUGUUUUAAUCCAAAGUCUGUCUGACAGCGAGUGUGAAUAAUGGAAAUCUGCACAUUUAAGCAAAAAGUAAAAGUUUUAAAAGUG